AUUUAAAUCCCUUCUUAGCUACACAACAACCUCACACAUAUUGAUCCAAACAAUCAAACUCCUCAACCACACUCUCCCCACCAAAAAAUAAAAUAAAAAAUGCAUGCUCGUCGGCAUUUCGACCCAACGUCGAAAUACACGACGAAGGGUCGACCAAACGACACCGUGGUGGCAACCCUAGACGGCACCCUCCUGCGGUCUAGGGAUGCCUUCCCCUACUUCAUGCUCAUGGCCCUCGAGGCCGGAAGUGUCCUCCGCGCCCUAAUCCUACUCGCAUCCGUCCCAGUUGUGUACCUCGUCAAUCUCUUCAUCUCCGAAUCGGUUGCCAUCCGCAUCUUCAUCUUCAUCUCGUUCGCGGGGCUGAGGAUCCGAGACGUUGAGCUCGUUUCCAAGUCCGUCCCCCCCAAAUUCUACGCGGGGGACGUGAAUUCGGAGACGUGGGAGGUGUUCAAUUCGUUUGGAAAGAGGUACAUCCUUACAUCCACUCCAAGAAUCAUGGUUGAACACUUUUGCAAGAACUAUUUUGGGGCAGAUAAGAUUGUUGGAACAGAGUUGGAUAUCACAAAAUGGGGCCGUGCCUCGGGACUUGUUAAGAAACCGGGAGUUAUUGUAGGAAAAUUUAAGGAAAUGGCUCUUGUCCAAGAAUUUGGUUCAAAUUUGCCUGAUUUGGGACUUGGAGACAGGGAGAGUGAUCGCCAUUUCAUGUCCAAAUGCAAGGAGGCAUACAUGGUGCCAAGGACUAGAACCGAACCCCUACCAAGAGAGAAGCUUCUAUCUCCGGUCAUUUUUCACGAGGGCCGCCUAGUCCAGCGGCCGACGCCACUCGUCGCACUUGUCACAUUUCUUUGGUUGCCGAUUAGCUUCGUCUUGUCUCUUAUGAGAGUUUAUCUCACUAUCCCUCUUCCCGAAAAAAUUGUGUGGUACAUCUACAAGCUUCUAGGUAUCAAGCUCAUUGUGAAGGGAAACCCACCCCCGCCACCCACACCAGGUAACGGUGGUGGGGUCCUUUUUGUCUGCAAUCACCGGACCAUCCUUGAUCCGGUGGUCGUUGCAGUGGCACUUGGCCGUAAGAUUAGUUGUGUAACUUAUAGCAUAAGUAAGUUCUCUGAGUUCAUUUCACCCAUCAAAGCAGUCGCAUUGUCGCGAGAGCGCCAAAAGGACGCCGAUAACAUAAAGCGUUUGUUGGAGGAGGGAGAUUUAGUGAUUUGCCCCGAGGGAACCACUUGUAGAGAGUCUUUCCUCUUGCGGUUCAGCGCACUAUUUGCCGAAUUGAGUGACAGAAUCGUGCCCGUUGCAAUUAACGUGAAGCAAAGCGUGUUUUAUGGGACAACGACACGGGGAUUCAAGUUACUUGACCCGUAUUUCGUUUACAUGAACCCUAGACCUAGUUUUGAGAUCACGUUUUUGAACCAAUUGCCUCCGGAGCUCACAAUUAGAGGCGGGAGGUCGGCAAUUGAGGUUGCGAAUUAUAUUCAAAGGGUUUUGGGUGGUGCGCUCGGGUUCGAGUGCACCAGUUUGACCCGAAAGGAUAAGUAUUUGAUGAUGGCCGGAACAGAUGGGAGGGUCCGUUCCGACAAGGAAAAAGAUUCGAAAGAAAAUAAGUGAAUGAUAUGUAUUUGAAUUGUUUAGUUGUGGAGUUUCUUAGUUUAUUAUUUAAAGAACCAUGUACUCGAACACAAAUUACGAUAGAUUGACAAAUAUGCAAAUGGAUGUUCGAGCUCUAGGUUCUUAGCAAAGUUUGUUGUAAUUUGUUUAAUUUACUUUAUACUAUAUUUCAAUAAUAUUCGUGUA